CUGUGAACCGGAAGUUGCUCUUUCUCAUUCAGUCGGGAGCUUCGUGGCAGCCCCUGGGAUCAACAUCAGCGGCGGAAUGGCGCUCACCCUCACCUUCAGCAACGGCGGCCCCCCACUCGCUGUCCAGUGGAUCCUGGAACACCUGAAAGGCCGAAUACAGAUCAGCGUGGAGGAAGGGAAAGAGACCGUCCUUCGAGCGGCAGACGGUGUCUCAUUCACCGAUGUGACCUCCAUCAUCCGAUACCUGGCCAGAGUCGUUCCCGAUGCCGGAUUAUUUGGAUCCAAUCUAAUGGAGCAGACAGAGAUAAACCACUGGAUUGAGUUUAGCCGAACGAAGCUGCAGGAAAAGUCCUCGUAUCAAACAGGCCUCCAAGAACUCAACCACAGCCUCUCUCUCCGCACGUACCUGGUGGGGGACGUCGUGACCUUGGCCGACAUCAGCGUCUUUUCAGCUUUGGAAGCAUCCAGCGAAUGGCAAGCAUUGGUGAAAGGGAACAAGGCUCCCGUCAAUGUCAGACGCUGGUACACCUUCCUGGAGCACGGGCUGGCGGCAUCCGGCGCGAUCCGUUUCACUGCGCCCCCAGAAAAGAAGAAGGAUGUCGGCAAAUUUGUCGAGCUCCCAGGUGCUGAAAUUGGGAAGGUCGUGGUGAGGUUCCCACCUGAGGCCAGUGGGUAUCUGCACAUCGGACAUGCAAAGGCUGCCCUUCUCAACCAGCAUUACCAAGUCAACUUCAAAGGGAAGCUCAUCAUGAGAUUUGACGACACCAAUCCCGAAAAAGAGAAGGAAGAUUUUGAGAAGGUUAUUCUGGAAGAUGUUUCGAUGCUCCAGAUCAAGCCAGAUCAGUUCACCUACACCUCGGAUCACUUUGAAACCAUCACAAAAUAUGCUGAGAAGCUCAUCGCAGAAGGGAAGGCGUACGUGGACGACACGCCAGCCGAACAGAUGAAAGCCGAGCGUGAACAGAGAGUGGAGUCUAAACACAGGAGCAACUCUGUAGAAAAGAACCAGCAAAUGUGGGAGGCAAUGAAGAAGGGGACAGAGUACGGUCAGACAUGCUGCCUACGAGCCAAGAUCGACAUGAACUCCAACAACGGCUGCAUGCGCGACCCCACGCUAUUCCGCUGCAAGACCCAGCCACAUCCACGGACCGGGAACAAAUACAACAUAUAUCCCACGUAUGACUUCGCCUGCCCCAUCGUGGACAGCGUGGAGGGCGUCACUCACGCUCUGAGAACGACCGAGUACCACGACAGGGAUGAGCAGUUCUACUGGAUCAUCGACGCGUUGGGGAUCCGGAAGCCGUACAUCUGGGAGUACAGCCGGCUGAACCUCAACAACACGGUGCUCUCAAAGCGGAAGCUCACCUGGUUCGUCAAUGAAGGACUCGUGGAUGGCUGGGAUGAUCCCAGGUUCCCGACGGUGCGUGGCGUCCUGCGACGAGGAAUGACCGUGGAGGGGCUGAAACAGUUCAUUGCAGCUCAGGGCUCGUCUCGCUCGGUUGUGAAUAUGGAAUGGGACAAGAUCUGGUCCUUUAACAAAAAGGUUAUUGAUCCCAUAGCGCCGAGAUACACCGCCUUACUCAGGAGCCAAGUUGUGCCGGUGAACAUCCCCGACGCGCAAGAAGGAAUGACGGAAGUAGCCAAGCACCCGAAGAACGCGGAAGUUGGUUUGAAGCAAGUGUGGUACGGCCCGAGGGUUCUCAUAGAAGGAGCCGACGCGGAGACCUUGUCUGAGGGCGAGAUGGUCACCUUCAUCAACUGGGGCAACAUCAACAUCACUAAAAUCAACCGGGAUUCCAGCGGGAAGAUACAAUCCCUGGACGCAAAGCUAAACCUAGAAAACAAGGAUUACAAGAAAACCACAAAAAUAACGUGGCUCGCGGAAACUCUCCAGGCUCCGUUCAUCCCGACUACCUGCGUAAACUAUGACCACCUCAUCACCAAACCCGUUCUGGGCAAGGAAGAGGACUUCAAGCAGUAUGUAAACAGGAACAGCAAGCAAGAAGAACUGAUGUUGGGUGAUCCCUGCUUAAAGACCCUGAAAAAGGGAGACAUUGUUCAGCUCCAGAGACGAGGCUUCUACAUUUGCGAUGAGCCGUAUGAACCCAUCAGUCCGCACAGCUGCAAGGAGGCGCCAUGUGUGUUGAUUUACAUCCCCGACGGACACACCAAGGAAAUGCCGACGUCCGGCUCCAAAGAAAAAACCAAGGAAACGAAAGAAAAGGCAAAGACCGCGACAGUCAAAAACGAGCCGAAAUCCAACGGGAAAGCCGCUAAAGCUGUGAAUGACGCAGCUCCUCCAGCAGCAGUGGAUCCUCUGGGGCUGUACAACAAGGUCUCCGCACAGGGGGAGCUGGUACGGGACCUAAAAGCCAAGAAAGCCGACAAGUCGGAGGUCGAUGUGGCUGUGAAGCUUCUGCUGUCCCUGAAGGCCGAGUACAAACAAGCAACGGGUCAGGAGUACAAACCAGGCAACGCGCCAGCCCAAAGUCCCUCUCCCAAACCCGCAGCCAGCGACAACAGCAGGGCCGUGUACGACAGAGUGUCCGAGCAAGGGGAUCUAGUCCGAAAGCUGAAGACGGAGAAAGCACCAAAGGAUCAGGUUGAUGCUGCCGUGAAAACGCUUCUGGCUGUGAAAGCAGAAUACAAACAAGUUACUGGCAAAGAAUACAAACCCGGGGAGCCUCCGGUAACCCUGAACGUUAGCCCAGCACCUCCUUCCAAUCCCACGGCCCCCGGUGCCACCGAUGGCAUGGCUUUAUAUAACAAGGUUUCAGAGCAGGGAGAAGUCGUCCGGCAGCUGAAAUCCAAGAAAGCCCCGAAGGAAGAGGUAGAGGCUGCGGUGGGGACACUCUUAAGCCUUAAAGCGCAGUACAAGCAAAGCACCGGCCAGGACUAUAAGCCCGGGUGCCAACCUCAGCCUCCUUGUAAAGCCCCUAAUGCCUUGUCUACCUCUAGUCAAGAAAACCUUCAUUCAAAUGCCGGUCUGAAUCUGUAUGAGCGAGUCUCCGUGCAGGGGGAGCUUGUCCGCAAGCUAAAGUCUGAGAAAGCCCCCAAGGAUAAAGUGGAUGAAGCCGUGAAGCUGCUGUUGUCCCUGAAAGCUCAGUACAAGGAAGCCACCGGAGCGGAGUACAAGCCGGGUCAGCCGCCGGCGACGGAUAAACCCCAGGACUCUCAGGCAAACGGCUCGGGCUCUACCGAAGCAGAAGAGCUGUAUAACCGGGUGUCUAAACAAGGCGAUGAAGUCCGGAAACUGAAGGCGGAAAAAGCUGCCAAGGAUAAGGUGGAUGCCGCAGUCAAGGCGCUUCUGGAGUUAAAGACCCAGUACAAGGCUCUUACUGGAAGCGAGUACAAGCCGGUGUCUGCCGCUGGCCCGGAGGACAAAAAACAGAAGGAGAAGGAGAACAAGUCUGAGAAACAGAGCAAACAGCCCAAGCCGAGCGAAGGACAGAAGAAGAAGGACUCCAACAAAGAGCAAGGGAACGGUUCUUCUGCCGGGGGUGCGGGUGAAGGCCAAGGCCCAAAGAAACAAACUAGACUCGGUCUGGAAGCCAAAAAGGAAGAAAACCUUGCAGACUGGUACUCCCAGGUGAUCACAAAGUCCGAGAUGAUUGAAUAUUAUGAUGUCAGCGGCUGUUACGUCCUGCGUCCCUGGGCCUUCGCCAUCUGGGAGUCCAUCAAAGAAUUCUUCGACCGCAGGAUAAAGAAGCUGGGGGUGGAAAACUGCUAUUUCCCGAUGUUCGUGUCUCAGGCUGCGCUGGAGAAAGAAAAGACCCACAUUGCUGAUUUUGCUCCAGAGGUUGCGUGGGUCACGCGAUCAGGGAAGACCGAGCUGGCAGAGCCAAUCGCCGUGCGCCCCACGAGCGAGACAGUGAUGUAUCCGGCUUACGCCAAGUGGGUGCAGUCACACAGAGACCUUCCCAUAAAGCUCAACCAGUGGUGUAACGUUGUGCGGUGGGAGUUCAAGCACCCUCAGCCGUUCCUCCGUACGCGGGAAUUCCUUUGGCAAGAAGGACACACGGCGUUCGCUACGUACGAGGAAGCAGCAGAGGAGGUCCUGCAGAUACUGGAUUUCUAUGCCGGUGUUUAUGAGGAGCUCUUGGCUAUCCCCGUAGUGAAAGGAAGGAAAACCGAGAAGGAGAAAUUUGCGGGAGGCGAUUACACCACAACCGUGGAAGCUUUUAUAUCCGCCAGCGGACGGGCCAUUCAGGGUGCGACGUCGCAUCAUCUCGGGCAGAACUUUUCCAAAAUGUUUGAAAUCGUCUUUGAAGACCCCAAGACCCCAGGGGAAAAACAGUAUGCCUACCAGAACUCCUGGGGGCUUACCACUCGGACAAUCGGCGUGAUGACCAUGGUCCACGGAGACAAUAUGGGUCUGGUGUUGCCUCCUCGUGUAGCCUGUGUACAGGUCAUUGUUAUAGCUUGCGGAAUUACAAACUCUCUCUCGGAGGAAGACAGAGAUGCCCUCCUAAAGAAGUGCAACCAGUAUCUGAAGCGCCUCUUGAACGCAGACAUCCGAGCCCGCGCCGACCUGCGCGACAACUAUUCUCCGGGAUGGAAGUUCAACCACUGGGAGCUCAAGGGAGUUCCAAUCAGGCUUGAAGUUGGCCCAAGAGAUAUGAAGAACCAGCAGUUUGUAGCCGUCCGACGUGAUACGGGGGAAAAAAUAACUAUCCCAGAGGAUCAGGCUGAAAACAGGCUGAGGAGCAUCUUAGAGGAGAUCCAGGGAAAUCUAUACAACAGAGCACUCCAUGAUCUUACGAGCCACAUGGUUGUAGCGGACACAAUGGAGGAAUUCCAGAAGCAGCUGGACUCUGGAAAAAUUGUGCAGAUUCCGUUCUGCGGGGAGAUCGACUGCGAAGACUGGAUAAAGAAGACCACGGCCAGGGACCAAGACCUCGAGCCCGGGGCGCCUUCUAUGGGAGCCAAAAGCCUCUGCAUCCCGUUCAAACCUCUGAAGGAGCUGGCAGCCGGCGCCAAGUGCGUCUGCCAGAAAAAUCCCGCCAAGUACUACACGCUGUUCGGGCGCAGUUACUAAUUGAGGAGAAGAACCGUACCCUUCCGCCGAGCUUUGUUUUUUGUUUUAGUUUUUUUUAUUAGGAACUAAACCUCAAAAACAAAAUAUAGGACCCAUGUGUUGUGUAGCUAAUGCUUUGCAUCACUACACUUAUUUUCUGAAAAGAUCCCUAAUAAAAGAAAUAUUAAUUAA